AUGUUUGGUAAUUCAAUUGGUCAUAUUAAAGGUUAUGAUCCAGAUUUAGGUAUAAAUGGUACAAUUCUAUAUAAUUUAAUGAUAACAACUUCACAUAUAAAACAAUCAUUAUUUUAUUUAGAUAAUAAUUCUGGUGAAUUAUUUGUUAAUACUAAUCAAUUAAUUGAUUAUUGUGGUAAAAUUAUUACAUUAUUAAUAAUUAUUGAUGAUCAAGGUCCAAAAAUCAAUAAACAUUCAACAAUUGAACGUUUAUUGAUUCAAUUAGAUGAUAUACCAAUAAAAAUGAAAUCAUCCAUAGAAUAUAAUCAACAAUUUAAACAAAAAUGGAGAAUAAAUUCUAAUGGUAUAUCAAAUUUAAAUGUAUUAACUAAUACUCAUAAUAAUAUGAAUAGUACAUUUACAAUUAAAACUAUGCUUAGUAUUACACUUGGAAGUUCAACUAUCUUUUUAAUUGGAUUAUUAAUGACAUCAAUUAUAUUAAUGAUUUAUAAUAAAUCAAAACAUAGAAAAUCUUUUUUACAUUAA